GCAGCCUUUGCGCUGGAGGAGACUUCCGGUGCUGCCCGUUCAAAGGGGCUUCCGCGCUGAUAAACAAGGAAGGGCAGGAGGCCCCUGCAGCGGCGUACUACACAGCCCAUCCUUCCCAGCCAGGGGCCGCCUUGGGCUGAAUCUCAGCAUUCUCAGGCAUUGACUCCCAAGACCACCGUUCAAAGGGUUUUUAGGUUCGGUUCUGUCGUGACCACUUGGUGCUCCAAUGAAGGACUCCUUGACCCUCUUGUCCCGCAUCCAGGCACACCCGGAUUCCCGUUGCUGGUUCCUCGCCUGGAAUCCUAAAGGGACACUGCUGGCUUCCUGUGGUGGAGACCGUAGCAUCCGCAUCUGGGGGAAAGAAGGUGAUGCCUGGGUGUGCAAGUCCAUUCUGGAUGAAGGACAUCAAAGGACCAUCCGUAAAGUGGCCUGGUCCCCUUGUGGGAACUACUUGGCUUCAGCCAGCUUUGAUGCAACCACCUGCAUUUGGAAGAAGAACCAGGACAAUUUCGAGUGUGCAGCGACUCUGGAGGGCCACGAGAAUGAGGUGAAGUCUGUAGCCUGGGCCCCAUCCGGCAGCCUCCUGGCUACCUGCAGCCGAGACAAAAGCGUCUGGGUUUGGGAAGUGGACGAAGAGGACGAGUACGAGUGCAUGAGCGUCUUGAAUUCUCACACACAGGAUGUCAAGCAUGUUGUCUGGCAUCCUAACCAAGAGCUGCUGGCAUCUGCCAGUUACGAUGACACCGUCAAACUGUAUCGGGAAGAGGAAGACGACUGGGUGUGCUUCAGCACCUUGGAAGGACACGAGUCCACGGUGUGGAGCUUGGCUUUUGACCAGACUGGAGAAAGGCUGGCUUCCUGUAGUGAUGACAAGACGGUGCGCAUUUGGCACCAGUUUAAGCCAGGCAAUGAGCAAGGCGUGGCCCGUAGCGGUACUGAUCCCGUUUGGAAGUGCGUUUGCACCCUGUCUGGUUUCCAUACGCGGACCGUCUACGACGUGGCAUGGUGUCACCUGACAGGUGCCCUAGCCACCGCCUGCGGAGACGACGCCAUCCGGGUGUUUGAGGAAGAGCCUCUCUCCGACCCUCAUCAGCCCACCUUCUCCUUGACCGCCCACAUGGCCCAAGCCCAUUCUCAGGAUGUGAACUGUGUUGCCUGGAACCCCAAGGAGCCGGGGAUGCUGGCUUCGUGCAGCGAUGAUGGAGAAAUGGCCUUCUGGAAGUACCAGCGCCCAGAGACUUGCUGAAUUACCUUGUUAUCUCCAGGUAUCUUGGGGUUCGUGAGCAACAGAUCCCCCAGAAAAAGCAACGAAACCUCCUACAAAUUGACUGAACUCUGCGGUAGUUGUUUCCAUCCUACAGUUCCCCAGGUGAGAACUUAACUAUCUAAAAAGGAAAUCACUGGAUUUAAUGAAGAGGGAAAUCUGAUGAUUCUUUGGCCUGGAUCCAGCCAAGGCAAGACUGCGCUGAAGGUGGAAUUCCAAAGUAGGCCCGCCCGAAAGGAACCGUCUAAGCCGGCUUCAGUUAAGUGAAAUAAUAGGCUUGAAAUGUUGGGUUUCUGCUUAUAUAAAACCAGGAAAGGGAAAGGAGCCGUUAUUUGAACAUCUAUAAAAUGAAUAAAAAGGGAAAAUUUGCUGUU